CCGGGAGCAGCCCCCUGCGCGCGGAAAAGCCGCGCCCCUGCGCAGACUGCGCGCCCGCGCGGGCCCCCCAUCCGGCUCCGUCGCGGAGGCAGCGGCUGCGUCCAACUGCGCGCACGGGGCGCCUCUGAAGCGGAGCAGCGCGGCUCCGGCGGGGAUUGAGCAAAAAGAUCCAGCAUUUGCUACAUCAAAGCAUUUUUGCUGUUCUAUUUUUUUUUCCUUCCCCCUCUGGCAAAGAUGAGAACGGCUCGGGGAUUGGGAAACUUCAGGAUUGUUUUCACUUGUGUGCUCUGCCUCCUUUUCAUCGAGGGAAGUAAAGCGGAGCAAGGAAAAUCCCCCGAGACCUACUGCGUGUUUCAGGACAAGAAGUACCGUGUAGGGGAAAGGUGGCACCCACAUCUGGAGCCCUAUGGAAUUGUUUACUGCGUCAACUGUCUCUGCUCAGAGAACGGGAAUGUGUUAUGCAACAGAAUAAGAUGCCCAAAUCUCCAUUGUCCCACUCCCGUACAGGUGCCUCAGUUGUGCUGCCCACGAUGCGCAGACGACUCGCUGUUUUCCCUGGGCAGUAAGGUCUCCGGGAAGUCCUGCGAAUACAAUGGCACGACCUACCACCAUGGGGAAAUGUUUGUGGCAGAGGGACUCUUCCAGAACAGACAGGCCAACCAGUGUGUCCAGUGCAGCUGCUCCGAGGGAAAUGUAUACUGUGGCCUGAAGACAUGCCCCAAGUUAACUUGUUCUUCUCCGGUGUCCGUGCCUGAAUCGUGCUGUCCAGUUUGCAGAGGAGACGGGGAGUUAUCGUGGGACAAUUCUGAUGGUGACAUCUUCCGGCAGCCAGCCAACAGAGAAGCCAGGCAUUCUCCGCCUCGCUCUCACUACGAGCCGCUGGCCAGCCAUUCCAGGCAAGUGGUCAACCUUCCACGCUUCAACAGCGGCAGAAGUAACCGAGGGGCAUUACCAGACCUGCAGCAGGCCUCGGGGACCAUAGUUCAGAUUGUCCUCAACAACAAACAUAAACAUGGACGAGUGUGUGUCUCAAAUGGGAAAACCUACUCCCAUGGUGAAUCCUGGCAUCCGAACCUCCGGUCUUACGGCAUUGUGGAUUGUGUCUUGUGCACAUGCAAUUUCACCAAGCAGGAAUGUAGGAAGAUCUCGUGCCCAAAUCAAUAUCCCUGCAAGCAGCCCAAGAAGAUCGAAGGGAAAUGCUGUAAAGUCUGUCCAGAAGAAAUUGAGAGCCAGAACCUGGACAGUAAGGAAUAUUUCUGUGGAGAAGAGAUGCUUCCCGUUUACGAAGCUGUUCUUGCAGAGGAGGGAGAAACCAUCCGGAAAAUAGCGGUGGAAACGGAUCAGCCGCCACAGGUAGAAAUUCACCUGUGGACCAUUCAGAAAGGUAUCCUGAGUGGCUUUGAAACAGAGAAGGUAUCCAAGGAGGAAUUCCAAGAAAUGCCCAACUUCCGGCAAAUCACAAAGACCACUCUGAGCCAGUGGAAGAUAUUCAGCGAGGGAGAAGCUCAGAUCAGCCAGAUGUGCAGGAGCAGAGUGUGCCGGACGGAGCUGGAAGAUUUGGUCAAGGUUCUGUAUCUCGAGAAGUCGGAAAAGGACCACUGUUGAGAGAAAGAAGCCCAAGGAAGGCACAGAUCUGCAGCUGGACUGCAGGCCUCUUUUGCUUCUCUUGCCGGUGCCCUGGAAACCAAAAGUAUAAUGCAAGUCAAUAUUCAUCUCAUGCCCAGUGUUAACUUGCUGCUUUGUGCACCUGAUCUGUGUCAGGCCUUCCAGGAUCUCUUCCAAGGACCAGGAGGCUCUGUGGGACUGGUGGGGCAGGGUGUCCUUAUAGGUAGAGUGUCGUUGCUUGACGGCUUUGGGAAAGAUAAUCUUUGGCAAGCUUGAUGACCUGGAGAAAGGCUCUAUCGAUGCACAGCAGGCCUCUCCCUGCUGCAUGGAAGGCUUGAAAUUGCUUGUGCUUUUUAGGAGCUGGGAAAGUAAACACAAGGAACGCGAUCCUGGAGGAUUUGGAAUGUAAAGCUAGGUUUGAGGGGGGAAGGCAUUUGCUGCUUUGAAAGCAAUAUCGUAGAGGCCAAUGACACAUUAAGCUGGUUCACACAACCAUCAAAAUCAGGGGAAGAGCUGGGUUGUCCCGUUCGGUGUGAUCACAAGAACUCUCACAAAUUCCUCCAGCCCAGGUUGUUCAAAGCAAGGCUCCCGAGUUUUCCUACCCUGAUUUUAACUGAGGAAGGAGAAGAGGAGAGCUCCUACCUUGAUUCUGGCCUCAUGAGAACUCACACGCCUCUUCUACUCAGCCACCUCCCCGACAAGGAACCAAAGAGAGCUGUGGCUAGAGCGGCUGCCGUCAAAGGAUGCAGUCGCCUGCAAGGCAAACUCUAUGGUCCUGAGACGGUGGGAGCAGCUUUGCCUCCUGCUCCUUCGUGGCCAAUGGGAGGGCAGCCGCUGAUGUCAUGAGGCUUUUCCAGUCUGCUGGCAGUGCAAAGCAUGCUGGGAAAGCACAUGGGGUCUUGGAGGGCUUUCCAUGGAGAGGUGGGACUUUCAGCUGCCAAUUUCAGCAAUGGCCCCAGCAGCAGCCUUGCGUAUCCUGUUUCCUGGAUUUGUGACCCAAACUCAGUUUCUCAUGUGCUACUAACAAGGUAGGAGCUCUCCUGACCUCCGACCCACCCUCCAAAUGGCCGUGUGAACAGACCCUACUACAUGCCAACAUGGUUGAUCUCACCCCCGGUGCUGUUUAUUAAAGAGCAAAGCAUCUUCAAGAGAGGGGGCGAGCGGAGAAGUGAGAGGGAUGCCGAACCCUCGUAAAAACAUGGAACCCUGCAGGGAGGCGUGAUUUGAAGCCGGAAACAGCUGGUGGGGAAAGCGUUAAGCACUCCCUUCGCAUUCCACCACUUCACUCUAAGUUCCCUCCUGCCAAAAACUGCUUUUCUAUAUAUAUAUAUAUAUUUAAAAAUCCAGCAGUGUUGGGGUACUGUUACACACGUUGGCAUGUGAUGUGCAAUUCGCCUCUGGGAAACUCAGAGUACAUAAGCAGAACAGCAGGUCUUCGCAAGAGCGGCUUUAUUUUACUAGUCAUUUGAGGGGAAAGUUGAUUGUGAAAUGGUUUUCGUUUCGGGCGCCUCCAGCAUAUCGGGAAUGCAAUGUGAAAGGCUAGCUUCACGUGGCUAGCCCAAAGCUGCAUGUCUGUGGUCUUCUAUAACUUGCAUCUUGGCCGCUGGGCUACUUGGAUGCCCUCCUACAAUGCUACUUCAUAAAGUAACCUAAAGUGUUUAUGAUUCUCUGCCGUGAUUAACGAGAUAAUCUCAUUUGUUGCUACAAUCCCACCCACCGUUUUGGCUGUACCAGUUCCUGCUUGCUGCAUUCAUCACUAGUAAUGACCUCAUUGCUUCACCAUUUGCACAUACGUUUCUUAGCCGUUUCGCUCACCGUUGUGUGAUUUGCCCUUCUAAAAGCUUGUGACAGUCGCCCGCACUUAUCCAAAAGAGAAGGGAGGGAGCCAGUUCACAUCCUGGCUAAGCUGAUCUUCAGUCCACUGUAAGGAAGAUUUGAUUUCAGGAAGGACAGAGCUGACAAAUUCUGCUUCUGUAAGAUGCUGGUAGCAGUGAUACAAGAAACAUUACGGCACAUUAGACGCUCACGCUCGAUUAUGAUAGGUGUUUCCCAGAUGUUGGACUACAGCUCCCAUUAUCCCCGGUCACACUGUGUGAUGGGAGUUGUAGUCCAACAACUUAUGAGGAUGCAAGGUUGGCAACCCCUCAAUUUUGCCAUAGCAGCCUCCUUUGUUGGGUGCAACUCUAGAUGCUAAUGCAAACACGGCCCCAGUGGUAUAUUUUCAAAUUAGCAUCUUAGGGUUGCAAGUUUACUCUGGAGUAAGUCCCACUGAACUCAGUAAGCAAGCUUCUGUUCACAUUGGCCUGCUCCACACAAUCAUUCAAAUAUGGGUUUAAUGUGGAUUACAAACAUUAGGGUUCGAGUCCGAACCAGACACAGACCAGAUCAGGCCGGUUUGGUCCGGCACCCCCUGAACUCCAUCUUCCCUCCGGUUCGGUUAAGUCCAGUGGGGCGGUUAUGAGCUUUUUUAAAAAAAAUUAAACUUACCCCCUCUGUGGGGGGUUAUCCGAGGUGGUGGGGGAGUCCCGCGGAGGUUCCCCCUCCCCCUGCCAGCUUCCCUCACUUCCAAAACUUGCCCAUUUGGCCACCCUUCAGCCUGUUUGGGCCUUUCCCCCGGCGUGGCAGCCAUUUUAGAGUCCACCGCGCCUGCGCAAUGGGCCUCUGCAUGGCCUUGCAUUUGUUUAAAACAGAACCUUUAAAAAAAAACAAAAACUUGCAAUCUCCUCGAACAGACCGGGGGGGGGCGGGGUUCAGUCUGGGGUCAGACUGAACAGGGGGUGGUUCCGUUUGAUUUCGAACUGUCGAACCAAACUGGUUUGACAUUGAAUCUUUCAAUGUCAAACCUAUUUGCACAUCCCUAACCAGCAUUAGGGUCACCGUGUGAACCCACACCAAGGUAUGGUAGUAGAUGGCCCAAGAUUAAUCUGAGAUUCCCACCUUGGCAUGGAUUCACAGAAUCGUGCUUAUGUCAGUAACCCACAUUAAACCUAGAUUUGAACAAUUGUGUGAAACUGGCCACUGUAUAGGGGCAGUUCACACUGCCCUUUUGCUAUUAUGAUGUUGGAUAGAGGCAGAGAGCUUGAUUAUCUGUCAUGCCCCAGCUGUGUAGGAUUGUUUCCUUGCCUACCUCGUUUAGAAGCUGGGGAUGGAAUCUAGGUAGGACACACUCAUCCUAGCCAACUGGGGCUUGACAGACUAUCAAGCUUCCUGCCUUUGACCUUGUUUUUCCUCUGACACGGACACAAAACAGGAGAACGCCCAGUUCCCCAAACAGGGUAGACUCAUCUCCUGCCCGGUUGAUGGCUGUGUGAACUGCCCUAUUGCCUUCCAGCCCCUGCUAGCAAAAUUGCAGGAGCUGCAGAUCAACUCCAGGGCAUAUUUCAUCACAAGAGAUUAUGCCACCACCUUGUUUCUCAAGGGCCACCACUGUUUCGCAUCCAUGCAGAAACUUCUCCCACCAGGAAAUGAGAAGUUCUCCUGGAGGUCUCUGCCUGGCCCCAGGAUGGACAGAAUCAGGGUGAGGUAUAGAUGUGGCCAUAACGUGCCAGGUAGCCUACGCUGACCCAAAUCCUGCAAAAUGUAUAAGCCCAAUACUCAGCAGCACCUAUUUUGCCCUGAAGGCAACCUCCUGAGACCUGGCGACCAGCAUGGUGGUUGCAACACAGCUGAAUUGCAGCAGUGACCUGAAUGUCAGUGCCCCUCAAAUGUGGGUCCCCAGCUGUAGCUGGACUACAACUCCCAUCAUCCCCAGUCACAGUGGCCAAUUGACCCGAGAACCAACGGUGUGUGUGGAACACUCCCUACAACUUCCUUACCCAUCUUCUAACAAUGCAAUCAUGGAUCGUGCCUCUGAGAAAGCUGGAGUCAUGUGACAGACUGAUUGUAUGGGCACCAUGUGAAGGCUGUACCACAUGACUCUCCAUAUCAGCAUCCUCCCCCUUGCUGCAAGCUGUUCAACUCUAGCUCCUCCUCUGGUGGAUCUGGGGAGGGAUUUUUCCCCCACACCUGCAGAACCUAAAAAGGGGUGGCAAAACUCUACUCCUUAGGCCACAUGACAAGCCUCUUCCACAAAUGGUGGCAGAUGCCAUGGGGAGCCAUUAAAAGGGGCCUCAGUGCGGCAGUUGCUUGGGUCCUAUGUUUGGAUUCCUGUUUGCUGGAGGGUGUUGCGUGAUGAAGUGGUUGAUGCAGGCAGGACAUUUUGCUGGGAAGCAGACCAUGUUUGUAUUAUUAUUAUUUUAUUUUUGAAAGACAGAAAAACUGCCUUUUGUAUAUGUGAGAAGACCGAUAGGACACACAGGUGGUGUAUUUAUUUAUGUGUGUGAGAACAACCCUUUAUGGAAAAGGAAGAACCAGGCUUUGUUCACACAAUCAUUUGAAUCUAGACUUAAUGUGGCUUACCGACUAGGGGUGUGCAAAACAAUUUGAAUUUGAAUUGAUUCAAUACAAAUCUGGGUGAUUCAAGCAAUUCUAAUUUGAAUCGAAUCACAAAAUGGCAAUUCGAUUCAAAUUGGCAUUUUAAAAAACCAUUCAGGCCCCCUGAUUGGUUUAAAAAGGUGCAAAAACAGGGUCAAAUCUAUUCAAAUUUGAUUCAAAUUCAAAUUGAAUUUUCAGACUGGAUUCAAAUUUGAUUCAAAUUCAAAACAAAUUUUUGGAAUUCGAUUCAAAUUCAAAACAAAUUGAAAAAUUCGUUUCAUGCACAUCUCUGUUACUGACAUAACCAUGAUUGUAUGAACCCAUGCCACGGCUGGAAUCGCCCAUUUGUCUCGGGCCAAAAGCCAACUUGGCAUGAGUUCACACAAUCACGGUUAUGUCAGUAAUUAAACCUAGAUUUAGACAAUUGUGUGAGCCAGGCCCCAGUGUAGUAAGUUUGCUUAAGAUUAACCAAUGUGCACAGUACCCUGGGUGGUGGGGUUUUGUUUCGUGUUGUUCACUCUUCCCAAGGCACAUACUCUUAACCAUUAUUUAUGCACUUGUUCUAUCACUUUUGUAAGUUAAUAAACGUGAAGUUGUUCAAUCAG